AUGUUCUCUGCAGCCUUCAAGUCAUUCACCUCUAACAUUGCUGCCAAUUAUGAGAUCGCAAAGACGCCCACCGCUACAUCCGGCGCAUGGACCAUCUUUGACGGAAAGAAGAAGAGCACUGGAAUUCUGGUCUCAGUGUUUGUCUUUGACCGCAAAUCAUUAGAUAUAGGCACUUCAAAUGCCUUUGGUGCUCGUACCAGUGCUACGUCGGUCAGGAAGGUUCAGGACGAGAUCGUGGAGCGGCUGAAGAAAGAAGCAAGCAGCUUGGCCAGGCUACGCCAUCCGAGCAUACUCCAGCUCGUGGAGCCUGUGGAAGAUACUCGAAUGGGUGGUUUGAUGUUUGCAACGGAACUCAUCACCGCCUCUCUUGCAGGUUUGCUGGCAGAGAGAGACCAACAAGAGCGUCCUAGCGGUCCUGCAGGCCGACAGCGAAGCCGCUUUGUUAUCGAGGAUGUUGACGGGUCCAGAAGAAGGCGAGAGGUUGAGAUGGAUGAGCUAGAGAUCCAGAAAGGGCUUCUGCAACUUUCCAAAGGCCUGGAGUUCUUGCAUGAAUCAGCCGGUCUCGUACAUGGCAAUCUAACUCCUGAAGCGAUCUAUGUCAAUGCCAAAUCAGACUGGAAAUUAUCAGGAUUAUCCUUUACAGGACCACCGGACGGAGCACAAGGACACCAAUCACUACCGCCCAUAGCACUUUCAGAAGUGCUGUAUCAAGAUCAUCGUCUGCCUCAAUCUGUCCAGCUGAAUCUCGACUACAGCUCUCCAGACUUUGUCCUCGAUAACAACGUUACUACGUCUGCAGAUAUAUUCUCUCUUGGCCUGGUCAUUAUCGCACUCUACAACUCCCCGCAUACUUCACCCUUUCAGACGGGUGGCAAUCAAUCGACAUACAAGAGGUUGUUCAGCAGCGAAUCAACCACGCCUUCGGCCAGAAACGAAUUUCUAUCAUCGAGGCCGUUGCCAAAAGAGCUCAAACAGACCCUACCGCAGGUUUUGGCUAGGAGACCUGCCCAACGUCUUACAGCUCGCGAGUUCCAGCAAUCAGCUUAUUUUGAUAACAUCCUUGUUAACACCAUUCGCUUUCUCGAUGCACUCCCGGCCAAGACUUCUUCUGAAAAGGCGCAGUUCAUGCGUGGGCUGGGCCGGGUCAUGCCGCAGUUUCCCACAAGUGUACUUGGGAAGAAGGUGUUGAUUGCACUUCUGGAAGAAACGAAAGACAGGGAGUUACUUUCGUUGGUGCUACAAAAUAUCUUCCAAAUUAUCAAAACGAUACCUUCAGGAAGGCGAGUCUUUCCAGAAAAGGUAAUGCCGGUGCUUAAGGAAGUUUUUGUGACCAAGUCUUCCACUCAAGACCGGGACACCAAUAGAGAAGCGGGCUUGAUGGUCACAAUCGAGAACAUGGACCUGAUAGUUGAAAAUUGUUCCGGCAAGGAAUUUAAGGAUGAUGUUCUGCCUAUCAUUAACCUUGCAAUGGAAUCCACCACCCACUCGCUGGUGGAUGCCACGCUAAAAUGUCUGCCCUCCAUUCUACCUGUCCUGGAUUUCUCAACUAUCAAAAAUGACCUCUUUCCCUGUGUAGCAUCGGUUUUCAGCAAAACAUCCAGCCUUGGCAUCAAGGUGAGUGGACUCGAAGCUCUACUGACACUGUGUGGAGGUAGUCCAGAAGAGCGGUCUUCUGCUGGUGACGAUCUUUCCGGUAUCUUGCAUGAGGAGAAGAAAGCCAAAGCCUCAACGGGAACUGCAUUGGACAAGUACACUGUCCAGGAAAAGGUCGUACCCUUGAUCAAGGCUAUCAAAACCAAAGAGCCGGGAGUAAUGAUGGCCGCUCUCAAUCUACUACGUCAAAUUGGCAAGGUUGCCGACACCGACUUCUUAGCACUUGAAGUAUUAUCGAUAGUAUGGAGCUUCAGCCUUGGCCCUCUUCUUGAUCUACAACAAUUCAAGUCAUUCAUGGACCUCAUCAAGUCCCUUUCGUCACGGAUUGAACGCGAGCAGACCAGAAAAUUGCAAGAGUUGUCCGCCACCAAUAGGCCCUCGGACGCUCGUUCUAUCAACACGCCAUCAAAGGCAGCGAACGGCUUUAGCGGCUCGAAUACCGCAUCCGCAAACGAUGAUGAUUUCGAGCGGCUUGUGUUAGGAAAGCCGGCUCCAGCGGCUUCUAAGCCGUCAGCCCAAGUCCCGGCCUUUUCCUGGUCCUCUGCCAACCUCCCACCAAAUCCCGCAUCUCGUUCCAUUACGCCCGACACAGCAUUAUCUUCUUUCCCCUCCCUCCAACCCGCAAACAACAACAAUAGAGCACAUCUCGAGCCCACCCCUUCCCCAUGGGCAACACCACAACAGCGCAACAUCUCCAACCCCUCCCUUACCACGACAUCAGUACUGUCAAAUCCACAGAAUCCUCCCUCACGAAUGCCGCUAAACCUUCCUUUCCAACCAACCAACCAACAACCCUCUUCAAUGUACACAAUCCCGCCACCAAACCCCUCUCCAUUCACACCAGCGAUCCCCAAACCGCCACCGCCGAAUCUGAAUCCCAAUCUGGCAACGCCUUCCCUGAACUGGGGCGGAGCUGGAUUGAACCCUCCGAAUAACGCACCACCGCCCUCUGUUCAGGCCCCUGGUCAGAUACGGAACGGUAAUGAGCAGAAAUCAGGUUUGGACAAGUACCAAAGCCUGCUUUAA